CUGGAGUAUUGUGUGGGAUCUGCACUUUUCCAUGUUACACAUGAAUGUUCAUCUUUACAUAGCAUGCUAAAUCAAAAUCCUCAAUUCAUGACAGAAUUCGAUAUUGCAGACAAGAUUCUGGGCCUUUUGAUUGGAGGUCAUGACACUGCUAGUGCUGCAUGCACUUUCGUUGUCAAAUACCUUGCCGAACUCCCUCACAUUUAUGAUAAAGUCUAUCAAG